GGCCAGCGGCCCCACAAUGCCAGGCGGGGGAGCCCCUUUCUCAGCAACACACCACAGCAUCACCGCCUCGCCUCACUGAGAAAGGACAGAGAGGAGAGAAAUGCAAAGGGAUGUAAGAUGGCAGAGCUACAAAUGCUAUUAGAGGAGGAAAUCCCUGCCGGUAAAAGAGCGCUUGUGGAAAGCUACCAGAACCUGUCCCGGGUUGCGGAAUACUGUGAAAACAAUUAUGUUCAGGCUCAAGACAAGAAGAAGGCCCUGGAGGAGACCAAGGCCUACACCACCCAGUCUCUGGCCAGCGUGGCCUACCAGAUCAAUGCCUUAGCUAACAAUGUGCUGCAGCUGCUGGACAUCCAGGCUUCGCAACUACGACGCAUGGAGUCCUCCAUCAACCACAUCUCCCAGACUGUGGACAUUCACAAAGAGAAGGUGGCACGUCGAGAGAUCGGCAUCUUGACCACAAAUAAAAACACCUCUCGCACCCACAAGAUCAUUGCCCCGGGCAACAUGGAGCGGCCGGUGCGCUACAUUCGAAAGCCCAUCGACUACACACUGCUGGAUGAUGUUGGACAUGGCGUCAAACAACAUGGGAACAAUGCGGCGGGGCGAGGAGGGACGCUCUCUAGGACCAACCCUCCGACACAGAAACCCCCAAGCCCCCCCAUGGCUGGUCGUGGUACCCUGGGGCGUAACACUCCCUACAAGACACUGGAGCCAGUGAAGCCUCCGGUGGUGCCUAAUGACUACAUGACGAGCCCGGCCCGACUGGGCAGCCAGCACAGCCCUGCACGCACAGCCUCCCUCAACCAGAGGCCCAGGACACACAGUGGCAGCAGUGGGGGUAGUGGUGGCAGGGAGAACAGUGGAAGCAGUGGAGUUGGUAUCCCUCUAGCAGUUCCCACCCCCUCCCCUCCCAGUCUGGGGCAAGUGGCAACGUCCUCAGCCUCAGUGCCCCAGGGCCCCGGCUUGGGUCCCAUCCCCAUGUCCCAGUUUGGCACCAUCUCCCGCCAAAUCUCCCGUCACAACUCCUCCACCACCUCCUCGGCCUCCAUGGUGUCGGCCACCGGCACCUACCGCCGUGCCCCCUCCGUCUCCUCCCAGCAGCCUCACAUCAAUGGGGGCCCUGCCUACCCACAGAACUCAGUGUCUGUGGCUCCUCCGCCUCCUCCUCCCAUGGUCCAGCUGACCCCACAGAUCCCUCUGACCGGCUUUGUGGCCAGAAUGCAGGAAAGCAUCCUCUGGAACGGUCUCCGCAUCCACACACUGCCUCACAUUUGCUGCUCUGUGGCUUGCUACACUCAGCACACCUUCUCUUGCACUGUGUGCGGGGCUGAGGGGGAGCACUCGCCCCUCCGAUGUCUGUCUGUUGCCAUGGUGAUGGAUGGAUCGCUGAAAGCGUGCGCCCUGUACUCUCUGUCCACUGAGGAGAGAAAGUGUGACCUGAUGCGGAUGUCGUGAUUCUCCACCGGUCUGUCUGCAGAGGUGGAGCUGUAUGGAGAUGUGGAACUGUCUGUACCUGUCUGCUCAGAUGUAAUUCAGUCUGCCAUCACACUGAACUGAAGAAUACUACUGGACAUGAGUCAUACACACAGAUGAAGAAUAAAUUAUGCUAAUAAAGGUGUAUCUUGCUAUAAUAGUAUUUUAUGUAUAAUUGUAUCACCAGGUAUUAAAUGAACAAUUAGCACAUUUUUAUGUUAAAAAAUGUAAUCCUAUGUCAAUUUUUUAUGAAAGCUUUUACACUUGCUCUUCUAAACAGUUAAUUUCUGGAAAGUCUUUGCUGUAUCUGUAGAAGUCCUCUGGUGCACAGGAAGUGAUGCAUUUUACAUUUCCAGCAGCAGAAACAGGGAUUAGUAUGUAAAUAGAAGAAUAACUGGCUGGUUAGUAUGAGCAGCAGUACCUACCCUGACUGAGCAGACAGAGAGGCCCACAAUCCAGCAGUUCACAGUUCACAGCCGGGAAAACACUGAUGUCUAAUACAAAAACAAAUCACAAAAACGCUGAUCUUAUACCUAUUGGUGGAAAAAACAUAGGACCCACACAAAGUGCUUUUUCAUGUUUUGUUUUGUUUUUUAGUAGAGAUUGUCUUGCUUUUUAUGUAUUCCUGAAUUGUAAUUUACUAUCAUUUCACAGGGAAGUCAGAUAGAUAUAGUCCUUGCCAGCUACAUACUUAGGCUGUGACUAAAUGUAAUGUAAGCUGUGUUUAUACAGACCCUAAAAGCAGUAAUGGAAAAUACUAAUGAAAUCCAAUACGACUUUUGUUAUAUAGUGAAGCUUUUAUAGGUCUUAAUGCUUAAACAGAUUUAAAGUCAGUUGUCACACCAGUGGAAAAACAGGUAUCUAAGCAGAUCGGAAUUGAAGGGAUGUACUUCAUUCAGUCCUCUGGUGCCUUAUUGCCAGUUCUUUAUUGCAAGAGCAGGCUUAUGAAUUAGUGAGAUAAAAUGUGCGGUUUCUCGUUCAUCACUGAACUUGAAGAUACAAGGAUGCCGGACAAUUGCUCCAAGAGGACACUUUUAUCACAAGCACAAAUGUAAUUCAAUGACUGAAGAGUGCAGGACCCAUGGAAGCGGGUCAGGGCCAAGUCAAGCUUUUAAAAUCGCACUCUCUGUACAACACUGACCCACCCGUUAUACCACAUCGCACUCAUGUGAACACGCUGACAGAAAUGAUGCGUCAUUUUUCUGCUGAGCCUUCAGGCACAGACAGAAGCUGGCUGUAUGUGUAAAUCUAAAUUUUGUCUGAGUAGGUGUCACAAAAUUGACUCAAGUAGGAAGUUUGGAGCUUUAGGAACCUGGAGGGAGAUACUGAACAUUCUACAUAUUUUAGAAAACACACAUGGUGGGUAUUUUCUAAGCUAAUUCCACUGUUUAAGACUCCAUAUAUUUAAAGUUGACUACUUUUAGGGCAAUAAAGAAUUGUAAUAUUUGCUCACUAGAAUUAUAUUCCUGUUAGUAUUGAAACAGCAUUUAGACCUUGAUGUUCGGAAAUGAAAUUUACAGCAAGUAUAAUUGAGCUUAAUAAAUGAAAUAUGAGUGUUGGGUGAUUUGGACUCAUGACCUGAAAAUUUGUAAAAGGGCUAUGGAACCUGAAUAUUGGCACUAGUAGUAGCAGUAGUUGACGCUUAGACCCUAAGCUGCCCUCUAGUGCACAGUUAAAUUACUGCACAUUUAAUAUGACAUUUGAUGUACAACUCAAGCGUCUGCACUGUUCUUCACAGUAACAAGGUUUUAUAAAUAUUGUUGUGGAGGCUCAACAGUAGAAAUUAAGCUGACUAUAUGUACAGUCUACAAUAUUGUACCCCUGCAGAUAGUUCUUCCAUACAGUAAAACGUGUUGUCGCCAAACAUAGUUAUAGAAUUAAAUAUCGUUACAGAUUGUUUUUUCAUGUUUGACCUUGACCUAGUGUAGCCAAAAAAUGAUAAUAAAAAAAUAAGCUUUGGAGAAAGUAUUGAAUUUUGAAAUGGAAAAAGGCACAUAAACGCUGCUGCAGGAGAUAGAUUUUUUUUUUUCCUGCGCCAGAUCAGAUCAGAGCAGCUUUUUCUCUCUUGUGCUUUGCUUAUUUGAUUUUUUUUAUGUUCUCUCUCCAAUUCUUUUUCUCGUCCAUCUUUUCC